CUGCAUUCCUAUGCCCGUCGGAAAGCCGUCGGCCUUUUUUUACGCGUGUGUAUGUGUUUGGAGUGUGUGCUUGUGUUUGUGAUUGUGACAACCGGGAUCAAAAGUCUUUCCUAGAGAUCUGCACGUUGCCUGUGCUGUGCAUGGAAUGUAUCUCCCGUCAAGACAGAAGCUGCGGCUACAGCAAAGGCAGAAAUAGGCUAAAAACUCUAUUUGGGGGAGUUUUGUGCAAACAACAUACCUCUCGAUCUUGGAUCAGUUUCGCAAUUGCGUCCUUUCCUGCACAAUGACAGAAGUGGCCAUUCCCGCUUCAGUAAUGGAAUCGGAGCUGAUGUUUCAACCAGAGUCCGAUCAGAUCUCUCCAAGUGAACCUAAGUCUCCGCCCCUGGACCUGAUCGACACAGGGAAAGGACUAAAAGUCCAGACAGCAACUCCUCAUCUGGUUAGCCUGGGCAGUGGGAGACUGAGUGUGGCUAUUACUGUUCUGCCGCUGAAAGAGGGGGUAACACGCAUAGGCACAGAAGAUGCUCCAAUUCCUCAGGAUAUUACCAUUCAAGGACCUGGCAUCGAGGCAGAGCAUUGUCUAAUCAUCAAUGAAGGAGGGGUGGUGACCCUGGACCCCUGUGGCCACCUCUGCAGUCUUGAUGGAGUCCAGGUCACUGUACCAACACCACUCACUCAGGGUUAUUCUUUGUGUCUGGGAAAAUCCUAUUUGUUCCGGUUCAACCAUCCUGAGGAAGCCAGCAGAAUGAAGAGCAUGCUUCCCCAAAAGAGUCCUGUAUCAGCUUUAGCCUACAACACAGACUACCUGAAGUUUAGCAGUGACUAUAGCCAUGCAGUUGUGGGUGGCACCAGUAGUGCUAGGGGCAUGCGAUCAGCAUCUGAGCUUCGGGACUUGAUGGACACCCUGCAGCGUAAGAAAAUUGCCCUGGAAAACAGCCUGAGAGCCAACGGGAAUGCCAACCCCUCCUACUUCAGUGUGACACAGUCUCCCCCCACCACACCUGUCUCCAGUCCUGCCACAUCUUCAUCAGCCUAUCAGGAACAGGCAAGGCGUUUCUAUAGCUCCGAUCGUCCUUCUUUGUCCUUAAAAUCUGCUCCCCCUCUUUCCCCCGGGCGACGUUCCGACCCUUCUUCUUCUUUGGCCUCGCGCUCUUCAGUUGGCCGCAGUCAGGACAAUUUUAGCACCAGCGAUAGCCGACGACUGCACAGUCAGAGCUCCUCUCCUUUACUCUCCACCUGGAAUGGUGGGGGAUCUUCCACUUCUGUUGCCAGUAGUGAGAACUAUCUCCUCUCUCUUCCUCCAUCUUCUUCCUCAUCCCGCACUCCAUCUUCUGGGGGCCCUGCCAGCAUGCCCUCUAGCCCCCGUCUAGGACGCCGCACCUAUGGGAACCAGGGGAACCAGGAGCCGACGCCCACUAGUCGAACCAGGAAAUACUCAGCAGGUUCGCUGAGUGGGAUGACAGCAGGAGGACACAGCCGCUCACUGCCACGCCUCUGUCCCUCCCCGUCCCCCCGUGACAAUAAUAAUGGAGUGCUAACUUUGUCAACGCUGCCUCCACGGCGGUCUGAUACUGCUGGGGAUUACAAAUUUAGCAAAGAGCAUUACAGCAACGGCCAAAACGCUGACCUCAACCACAAGUCUAGUCACUCCAGUCAGCAAGCUGCAAACAGGAUUAAAGGCCAGACCACAGCUCAAGGGGAAGGUGUCGUGUCGAUCUCCCUCUCUUCCCCUAGGACCUCCUCCUGCUCCACCUCCCACUCCAUCUCUUCCACAUCCACAUCCACUCCACCAGAUGUAACAAUCCCAUCCAGGGCAGGGGGCUCCUCUUCUCCUCGUGUUGCCAAAAAACUCAGCCUAACCUCCACCAGCUCAAUAGGCUCCAUCAGCUCUAUAGCUUCGAGCCCUCCAGAACAAGAACGGCUAAGCAGCAAUGACGCCUCCUCAGGAGCAGAAAUGUCUGUGGCGGAGAAAGAAACACCAGGAGUGGGCCUUGAACUCACCGUUGCACCGGGACUAGGACUUAGAGAGAGGAGUUCUUCAUUUGGGAAGGCCGGCCUGGAAACUGGAAUUGGUCUGGGGGAGAGGAGGCAGUCAUUUGGCAAAGCAGGGGUGACCCCGCCAGGGGGGUUCAGGGAAAGAAGGGGGAGUAUCAGCUCCCUAAGUGGGAAGGAAGAACUGACAGACUACCACCAACGCCAAAAAGAGGAGAGACUCCGUGAGCAGGAGGUGGAGAGACUGGAGCGACAGCGGCUAGAGACCAUCUUGUCUCUUUGCUCUGAGCUGGGCCGAGCUGAAAGGGACGGAGGCGCCGCAGCAACAAGCUCCACUUCAGCUGUUGCAGACCUGCAGAAGAUCAACCAGGAGCUUGAGAAGCUGCAGCUGACCGACGAAGAUGAUGACACGCCUUCUGUGUUUUCCGACUCUUCAGCUGUUAGUGGAAUAGUCGGAAACGGGCACACGACCUCCCCUGGAUCGGAGAACGGUUACUAUGAUGAUGACCUGCAGGUACGACGGAGGCGUAGCAGCGGUCACCGAGACAACAGGGCCGAAUCGCCUGCUAUCAGUCUGCGAAGCUUUGCCCCCACACCUUCACCACGUGCACAUAGGACAAAUGAGGCUCUAGAGGAUGCAGCUCGCCAUCGUGGACAGGACACGAUCCCUUCAGAGGAGGAAGUGAGGCGCGUGGAAGAGGAGAGAAUCCAGGUCCUAAACAACAUGGAGGAGCUUGAACAAAAGAUCAAAGAGCUGGACAAUCAAAUUGAGGAAUCUGCCCGAGAGGUCGAGGUUGAGCGAGCUCUAGUUGAAGCUGAGCAGGAGUCCGAGAUAGCAGCUCUUCAACACGAAAAAGAUGCUUUAGAAGCGCUUCACACCAAGAUGGCUCACCUAGAGACCCAAUCCCAGCAGGAAAAAGAAAAGGCGUGCAAGCUGCUGCAGGCAGAAAAGGGCAGAGUAGAGAGGUUGGCUCAGAUUGUGUGUGAGCAGCGCUCCCAGCUGGACAGCUGUCCUGAAGCCACCAAGGAGCCCCUGCAGGAGCAGCUAGCCAGGGACUGCGAAGUGCUUGAGGCAGAGACAAAGCGUUUUGAGGACCUGGAGUUUCAGCAGCUCGAGAGAGAGAGCAGGCAGGACGAGGAGAAGGAGACCCACACCCAGCAGCUUCUCCGGGAGAUCGCAGACUACCAACGCAGCACCGUCACCCGCAAGGAGCGUCUGUUAACUCUGAAGAAGCAGUCGGCGCAGAUUACGCAGCAGGUUCAACGAGAGAAGGAGAGCUUCUUGAAGGAGAGGAGCAACCUCGAGUCCAUGCUGCAGAGAGAGAAAGAAAGCCUGGCUGUGCUGGAAAGAAAAUACGCUGGUCUCACCGGUGGACGGAGUUUCACCCUGAGAGAGGAUUCAGCCUCUUUGGCUGAUGUGUGUCGCUCCCUCCUUUCUUCUAUUUUUCUCAAGAACGCAGAGGGCUAUGUCACAGUCAGUGAAAUCAAUGAGCUUUACUCACAGCUUGGGCAAGACCCUAAAGCUGCUCCUGCCCCCACUCUGACCAAAGCCUCUCCUGAGCCCGAGGCAACCCUUUCCCCUGAUGAGGACACCCCCAAACCAGCGGAGGAUGAGCUCUGUCGUUCUUCCUCACCUGCCGACUGUCACUCCUCUUCCUCCUCUCCUUCUUCUUCCUCCCGUCUAAAUCCCCGCCCCCUUCCAAAAACACCCUCUGUGCACUGGCCAGAGAACAUGGUGACAUAUCGAGACCCUUCCCCUCUCCCAGACUCCCCCCCACCUCCCCUUCCUGUCAAAAAGCGCCAUCAGCAACACAGGCAGCAUUUCCGUCUGCUGGAGGAGAGGAAGAGGUCUGAGAAAGAAAGUUGCUCACAUCUAAGUGAUACAUUACCUAGGAAGAAAACUGCGACCGCCAUGAAUCCCCAGUUUAUGUGUGCAACACUCGGGCGCAGCUUCCCCACAAAGUCCCAUCAGCCUCUGGUACAGACUACAAGUUGUGGCAGUAUUCUUCCAAGAAUCCUCAGUUUAUCCAAUAAGGAAAGUGAAUCUCGACGUCUGCAUAAAGGUCAGCCGAGCUCCCGAGCUGCUUCUCAGACCAACGUCUACCUCGAUGCCUUUGGGUACCGUGAAAACCAGGCCUUUGACACAAUGAGUGUGGAUAGUAGUGACUCUAUUGAAACCAGCAUCUCUGCUUGCUCACCUGACAACAUCUCCAGUGCCAGUACGUCAAAUGUAGCCAAGCUGGAGGAGAUGGAGCGCCUGCUGAGAGAGGCGCAGGCCGAGAAGAACCGCCUCCUCGAACACAAGGAGCGGGAAAUGGAAUUUCGAAAGCAGGCCUUGGAAGAGGAGAGGAGGAGACGGGAGGAUCUGGAGAAAAGGUUACAAGAGGAGACCAACAGACGCCAGAAACUGAUCGACCGCGAGGUGAAGCUUCGAGAAAAGCAGAGGGUGCAGUCCCGGCCUCUUACUCGGUAUCUGCCUGUGAGGAAGGACGAUUUUGACUUGCGGGCUCACAUUGAGUCGGCGGGCCACAGCCUAGACACGUGCUUCCACCUGUCCAUCUCUGAAAAGACCUGCCGAGGCUACUUGGUCAAGAUGGGAGGCAAAAUCAAAACGUGGAAGAAACGCUGGUUCGUCUUUGACCGCAACAGACGCACACUAUCCUACUACGCAGACAAGCACGAAGUCAAGUUGAAAGGAGUCAUUUACUUCCAAGCUAUUGAAGAAGUAUACUACGAUCACUUGAAGAAUGCACACAAGAGCCCAAACCCCUCCCUGACCUUCAGCGUGAAGACUCACGAUAGGGUCUACUACAUGGUUGCUCCCUCUCCCGAGGCCAUGAGGAUCUGGAUGGAUGUGAUCGUCACAGGCGCUGAGGGAUACACUCAGUUCAUGGUGUAGUGAAGCAGAUGUACGGGCCUCAUGUUUUUUUAAUGCUGCAGUCCUUUGUGGGUUUUGAAGACAAAAGUAUCAGCUCCUUAUUUUCCUCCUGGAUGAAGCUUAUGUGCAUUUGUGUUACACAGAUAACACUUCAUGUUGUGUUACAGAGCUCUCAUGUGAAAUUGCGGGCAGAUAUUGGACAGUUUAACAGUUUAA